GACUUUCCUCCACGCUGCUGCAUACUGAUGUCGUCCAGACGGAUAAAAUAAGCUGCUGCCAUUGCUCCUGUUUUAUUGCUCUUCACGCUCGAGACGCAACAUGACAUCCACCAGGCAGAGGCUCCUGGUCCUUUUUACACUUCUCUACAUUAGUGGAGCAGCUGAAUCCAAGAGGAAUUUCAAAUGUCCUUCAGGAUGCGCCUGCUCCAAGGAGACCAUCAUCUGCGUGGGUACCGCUCACAUGCCCAGGACUAUACCCAACGACAUCAACUCACUGAGCAUGGUGAAUGGAUCCAUCCCUGAACUCACAGAGGGCAUGUUUGCUCUCAUGCCUUCUCUUCAGCUGCUGCUUCUAAAUGCAAAUUCUAUGACCACGAUUAAAGAUGAUGCUUUCUCUGGUCUCCCACACCUUGAAUACUUAUUCAUUGAAGGCAACAAGAUUGAAACCAUCACCAAAAAUUCCUUGCGUGGUCUACGAGAUCUGACUCAUCUCUCCCUCGCCAACAACAAGAUGAGGUUUCUGCCUAGAGAUCUUUUUUUUGAUUUGGAUUCGUUGCUGGAACUGGAUCUACGAGGCAAUUCUUUCCAGUGCAGCUGUGAGAACAAGUGGCUGAUGACGUGGCUGAAAAACACAAACGCCACAGUGUCGGAUGUCUUCUGCGCAGGGCCCGGUGAUAUGAAGGGCAAACGGCUCAGCGACCUUCCUAUUCCACCAGGCCAGUGCAUCUCCACAGACUUUGUGCGUCAUCAGUCCAUUCCCAUUCAGUCCAUGUCAGCAGACAUCUUCUCCUUUAAAGAGGACAUCUAUGUGGCGAUGGCUGCUCCCAACACCAACAGCUGUGUGGUCAUGGAGUGGGAUCACAUCGAAAUGAACUUCAGAAUAUUUGACAAUAUCACAGGGAAGUCGGUUGUUGGAUGUAAGUCGGUCCUGAUCGACAGCCACGUCCUUAUAAUUGUCACCCAGCUCUUUGGUGGAUCCCACAUUUAUAAGUUUGAUGAUCACCAAAACAAGUUCACCAAGUUUCAAACCAUCGAGGUCUUCAACAUCUCAAAGCCAAAUGACAUCGAGGUCUUCCAAAUGGAUGGUGAUUGGUAUUUUGUGAUUGUGGACAGCUCCAAGGCUGGACUGUCGACUCUGUACAAGUGGGUCGACCAGCCAGACCGCAAUGAAACUGGUUUUAACUCCUACCAGUUUCUCCAUGAGUGGUUUCGCGAUACCGACGCUGAGUUCGUUGAAGUGGACGGGAAGUCCUACCUCAUCUUAGCCAGUCGAUCUCAGUCACCUGUCAUCUACCUGUGGAACAAAAGCUCCCUGAAGUUCAUACUCCAUGGUGAGAUUCAGAAUGUGGAUGACGUUGUGGCAGUCAAAGCGUUUCGAGAGGACAGAGAGUUGUACCUGGCCAUGACCUGCUACAUCGGUGACUCCAAAAUCCUCAAAUGGGCCAAUAAGCUGUUCACGGAGGUGCAGGCCCUGCCGUCUCGAGGAGCCAUGAUCCUCCAGCCAUUCUCCUUCAGAGACAGACACUAUCUCGCCCUCGGCAGCGACUACUCCUUCACACAGAUCUACCUCUGGGACGCAGAAACCAAAACCUUUCACAAGUUCAAGGACAUUUACGUGCAAUCACCUCGGUCGUUUACAGUCGUGACCACAGACCGCAGGAAUUUCAUUUUCUCUUCCAGCUUCAAGGGCAAAUCGAUGGUUUUUGAGCAUAUUACUGUAGAUCUGAGCCUAUAGUGCCUCACGAUGCCACAACUAAGGACAUUUUGAGUUGGUCACCCAGAUCGACAUUGUGUUUAUGCCACAAAGUCUCCAAGAGUCUCAAACAUUGUAUUAUGCUCCUUAUGCAGCCACCAGAUAUAUCUUUCCUAGUUUGAGGCAAAAAAAAAUUGACAAGUUUCUGCAACUCAUAUGCACUUCUAGCAAUUAUAAUCGACUCUCAACUAGCUAAUAAAAAACUGACAGAAAUGCAAUGUUAACAGCAUGAAUAUAACUUCAUAAAUAUCAUCUUAAGAGUUGCUGGCUUUUCUUGCAGAUCUGUCAAGCAAACAAUAUGUGCGCAGACGAGUGUCUAUUCUGGCUAUGGUCGUUAACCUGGUCACCCCACACAGGAAGUACAUAACCUGACCUUUUUAUGAUGAUUCAUACCCAUUAUGUAUGAUUCCUUGUGAUGCACCUGUUAACCUAGCAUUGCUUCCUUGAUGAGUGAAAGAAAGUGGGACAAAAUAAUGACCAUACAGGCCAUAGCACUGCCCCACUCUAUGCAGAACCAAAUGGAGCAAAACACUGAUUCCUGUGCCAUGUGAAAUUUGUUCGACCACUGCAAGCAAGACUGUUACGCUGAAAUGCUUUGUACUUUCUAAAUAGAGUGAAUUGUUUUUGGAACAACAGAAAUGUCAAAGCCAUCUCUUCCCAGUGUGACCACUUACGACUGAUGAUUGCAAUGUGCAUGACACAGACAUUUUCUUAUUUAACA